CAGGAAAAGUAGUCUAUUUUUAUAUUUAUUGCCAAUUAUUAAAAUUCGCCGAUAUCGGGCUAGUAGAAAUCUUCCUUGCCGAAGAGGGGGAGUAGAAUGACGCAUGCUAUUUAUGAAAACAAAUUAGAUGAAAAUGGCGUCCUGUCGUCAGGAUUGUUCUCUAUAAAAUUUCUAAAUCUUGGAAUAUUUAAUGAUCUAUGCUACAUCUGAUAAUAAAAAACAAUAAAUAAGAAUCUAUAAUAUCAGCACUGAAUAAUAGAGUCAAUAUUUUUAAAGAAAUUGAACAACAAACCUUCCGAUAACUUGGAGAAGAGUAUCAAAAAUGACGAAAGAACUUGUCGAAUGAAAUCAAAGUGCUGUGACGUGCGUUAGUGAGUGCGGAAGUGGACGUAUUUAGUUAAAUUGAUAUCUGGGACUCCACUGCCUUCAGGCAAACCAGCACACGAUACUAUGUGCUGGAUAGCGAUUAUAGUUAAUUUGUAAAAUGGAAAAAAAUCGGCAUGGCAAACAUAGUAAGGAAAAAUCCAAGAAAUCAAAAAAGCGCAAACAAAGGGAUGAUCGAGGCUCAAAUAAUUACGUAGGUCUUCUCAAAACGAAACCCCUAGUAGAAUACUCCGAUGUGAGUUCCGAGGACCUCAGCGGCCCCGAAGCAGGUGAAAUACAGAGCGCUGAAGAGGGAAUCUUAAGUGAAGAUGGUGAAUUAGAAGUUGAUUCUGACAUGCAUAGAAGUACUCACCGCGGCCGGUUCCCCCGUCUGGAGGAGGAACUAUACGUUAGAGAAGCCUCCCUUAUAUUACAUUCUCCAGGCAGGCGGCACCGUUUGGAUCCAUCGAUGAUCCCCAGGUCCCCGACACCUCCGAUUUUGAUCAGAGAACGACAACUGUCGAUCUCGUCGCGUUCCUCUAGAUCUAGCGAGGUGAAACACAAACGUAAGGUCGAAGAAUCAUCGCCGACCGAAUACGUUGCGCCGGUAGGCGGUUCGCCCACCUACACCGAAGACUACGACAGCAUCGACAGGAAGAAGCGAAAAAAGAAAGAUAAACGUCACAAGAAAGAGAAGAAAACCAAGAAAAAGAAGAGGAAAAGCAAGCACAGAUCUAGGAGUACUAGUUACGAAAGUGAAUCUGUUGAAUCGCAAGAUAGUUCGCCCAAGAAGACGCCUCCUAGGCCUGAAAUUGAGGCUCUAUCGGAUUGGGAACAUCAUGAUGGUUCUAAGAAGUCCUCUGAGCAUAAGACGGCGAUAGACACAGGAGCAUGUUCGCCGGUCUCCAACGAUAGCAUAGCGUCCCCCGAAACGUACGAGGUACGCAGCCCCACGCCCCCCUCCGAAACCCCUCCCCGGAAAUACCUUCGGGACUAUUCGGCAAGGGAAUACGCGACCAGAGAGUCACCGCACACCCCGCCGCUCCAUCAUUCGACGAGGUAUAAUCAUCAUUUCGAUGAGCCCAUUCGAAUAAGGGAUUCGCCGAUAAUUAUCGACGACGUCGGUUCGCCGCCGAUGAGGUCGCCUUUCAGGGGUACGACGCCGGAGACGAUGAUGCAUUCGCAUUACAAGCAUCGUUCCAUGUCGCCCAGCAGCCGGAAACGGAGGCUGGAAAGGGAGAUGCUGCAUAGGAAACACAAGAAGGAAAAGGCCAGGCUGAAGGAGAAAGCUAGGAGUCGCAGUCCCGUAUCAAGGAGGAGAUCUAGGUCGUCGAGCUACGGAAGAGGUAGGCACUAUACAAGUCCGUCUCCGACGAGGCGGAGUAGUAAAAGGCACAGGUCGAGGAGUCCCAGGAAAGAUAAGAGUCCGAGGUACAGGCACAAGAGCCCCUCCCCGCAUUCCGUAAAAUCAUCAUCACUGAAAAACAAAAUCACCGAUGCUAGUCUAUUCGCCGAAAUGGUAAAGGACCGACGAAAGAGAGAGAUGGAACUCAAAAAAUUGGCCGAACAAAUGGAACAGAAAAAAGACGAUGACACCAACUCGAACGACGUGGAUUCGAACAACAAAACCGAAAACAAAGAGAACGUUCAAACCCCCAUCGCGAUGGACAUAGACGAUAUACCCAUCCCGGAUGAUAACAGACCAACAAAAUUAAACGAUAUCCAGUUACCGAACAGCAAAUCGGACGGCUAUGAUGGUGUCGAUAAACCGAAAACUCCCCCAACGCCGCCUCUGCCCGCCCCCAUUUCCAACAACCAAGCGACGUCGAUUCCGACCAUCGUUACAACGGGACCAUCUGUGGUUGUUACCGAGGGUAUUCUGGUGUCGACACCAUCCGUCAACAGCGGCGGCGCCACCAACAACAAACCAAAGAGCGUGACUAAGUUGCCGUUACCUCCGGGCAUCGAUCAGACGCAGUUGGAGGCUAUUGUGUCGCCGCCUACGCCUAAUAGAUCGCCUAGUCCGUUGCCGGCGAUUAAAAACGUCAACGCGCGGCCGAAGACGCCGCCUAGGAAGAACAUUAAGGACCUUCCUAUGCCGCCAGUUGUUCCUGGUACUGAAGAACUGAGUGGAGAUGAAGAACUGCCCGGCACUCCGCCGAGAAAUAACGUAAAACCCGUCAUAGAGAAACCGAAACCAUCCCCCAAACCAAAACUGCCCGUCAAAAGGCCGACCAUACUGAAAAGGAAAGGUUCCAGGAAUUUCCAGAUGUGCGGCAAGGAUUGGGGCGAGAGAUGCGUCGAUAUGUUCGAAGUCAUCGCUCAAAUCGGAGAAGGUACUUACGGCCAAGUGUACAAAGCCAAAGAUGUAUCGGCCAACGAGUUGGUCGCUUUGAAGAAGGUGAGGUUGGAAAACGAGAAGGAAGGUUUUCCGAUCACUGCCGUUAGAGAGAUUAAGAUUCUUAGACAACUUAAUCAUAAAAAUAUCGUUAAUUUGAGGGAGAUCGUUACCGAUAAACAGGAUGCCGUCGAUUUUAGAAGGGAAAAGGGAUCAUUUUAUCUAGUCUUUGAAUACAUGGAUCACGAUUUGAUGGGUCUGUUGGAAUCGGGAAUGGUCGAUUUCAACGAGCUGAAUAACGCAUGUAUUAUGAAACAGCUUUUGGACGGUUUAAAUUACUGUCACAAAAAGAACUUUCUGCAUAGAGACAUCAAGUGCAGCAACAUUUUAAUGAAUAACAAGGGUGAAGUAAAAUUGGCCGAUUUUGGUUUAGCGCGAUUAUACAACGCCGAAGAUCGACAAAGGCCGUACACCAACAAAGUGAUCACCCUGUGGUAUAGGCCGCCCGAAUUGUUACUAGGCGAAGAAAGAUACGGUCCUGCCAUAGAUAUAUGGAGUUGCGGCUGUAUACUCGGAGAAUUGUUCCUUAAAAAACCGCUGUUCCAGGCAAACGCCGAAAUGAUGCAGCUGGACAGGAUAUCGCGGGUGUGCGGCACACCCACGCCGGCCGUAUGGCCAUCUGUGAUCAAACUGCCCCUCUUUCACACGCUCAAGCCCAACAAGUUGCACAGGCGACGGUUGAGGGAGGAUUUCGUGUUCAUGCCCAAUUCGGCGUUGGAUUUGUUGGAUAAAAUGUUGGAAUUGGAUCCCGAUAAAAGGAUAACGGCAGAGGACGCCCUCAAAGCCGCUUGGUUGAAGAAUAUCAAUCCUGAACAGAUCUCAGCUCCCGAACUUCCCACGUGGCAGGACUGCCACGAACUGUGGAGCAAAAAACGCAAACGCCAAAUUCGCGAACAGUCUGAAGCGAUGCAGAAUCUGCCGCCCGGCAAGCCCGCCAUCAUGGGGGGCGGCGGCGGCAGGCCGGAGAAACUGAUGAAUAUGGGCAAGCAGGAAGACGGCAUGGACGGUGGCGGAGGAUCAUCAAAGAACCUAAAAAUGGAAGCCUACGACGCGGCCGUGCUUUCUUACGCGCUGGCUUCAGCGACUUAUAAAGAUAAACCUCCAGCUCUCAUUGGACUACCUUCUCUACCUCACGACUCUCUGACCCCGCCCAGAGAAGCGUCCGAAGAAGUAGAUGGUCGGAAUUACCUCUACCAGUUGCUAUUCAACCUAGAACAGAUGCUGUUGAACAAAACUACAGUGCAAUUGUCGCAUCUGAUGGAGGUUUGCUCUACCAAACAGUCACAGAAUGAUGCGCAAAUUAGUGCCCAAUUAGAUGCCUUGCUGAACGAGUUAAGAAAAGUGUGCAAAAGUAAUCCUGGGUCGAUACAUCUUUUGCAACUGCAGUAUGAGGAUGAUGCGCCUCAAGCUUUGUCGUUAAACACGGAGCUCGUCUGCAAAACGUUAUCGGACUUAUUCAAACAAUUUGGAUUGGGAAAGGGUGCCUCCUUGGCGAAGAAACUACCAUCGUCAAGCUAAUGUUUUUCGUUUAAACAUAAUAAACGUUUACACUAAAUUAUUAUCUGCAUUCAUAUUAAGUGUUAUAUUUGUUUGGUUAUGUUAUAAAAGAAGUAAAGUUUAUUUGUAAUUACAUUUAUUAGACCCAAUCAUAUCAUUUUGAUUUUAGCUUUGCUUUGACUAAAAACAAAAUUGUUUGUUUAGAAUUGGUUUAAAUACGCUGUAAUUAGUGUCAUAGUUUGUGUUCCACAUAAUCUUCAUAUAUUAGAAUACAUUUUUCACAUCAAUUGUUUAAUUCCGUGACAUUCCAAAACUUUAUUUGCAAAAUACACAGUUCAAUGCAUAAAACUUUUACUUAAGAUUAAGUAGCUUCGGCACGAUCAUUGCUAGAGUAGCCUUUCGGCCAGAGUUUCGGGCACGGCCCUUAAGUACAAAAAUGUAAACAAUUAAUAUCUUUAAAAUAUUUACAAAAAAACGUGGUUGCAAAAACAAAGAAAAUUUAUUAGAUAAUUAGGACAUUCACAAGUAAUUUAAAAGGUUGUGACAACAUCCUUCAACCUAGGCUUUACUUUAUGUUUAAGAAUGUGGUCUUAACCUCAUUCACACCGCUAGUGAUUAAACGAAGUUUAAAAUGACAUUUUUAAUGGGUAUAUGUCUGUUAUGACUAUAACCUUUUAAAUUACCUAUCUAAUUCCCAAUUAAUAAAUUUUGCUGUUUAUGUUUCAUGUAUUUUGAACAUAAAUUCAUUUUUUACAUUUUUAUACUCAUUAAAGUUAUGCUUAUUAAAUUAACUUUAUCAUUACAACUAAUUUAUUAUAUUUACUUUUACCCAAUCUCAUGUAAUUUCACUUUAAUAUGUAAUUGUCUCUAAAGAUGCUUGAAACAUUUAAUUUAUUUGGUUAUUUGUCAUUUUUAUUAAACCUUUUUCAAUAUUUUAAGUUGUACUUUUCUUCCAGACCUGAUGAUGUUCAAAUUUGACCGAAACUAGUUACCCUUAUUUAAUUUACAUAUAUUGUGGUUAAGACUUUAGUUUUUAUUUCUUUAUUAGACGUACCACACUUGAAAUAUGAUUAACCAUCUUACUCUUCAGUUUUAAUGUUCAGAUGAUUACAAUAUUCUAGAAAAUAACGGUAAUGAAUACUUUUAUAACCUCCAUUUUUAUAAGUCUACUGUCAUUGUCAGUGGAAUACAAAUUACGUCAUAAUUAAUAUAGCGUAUUAUUGUAUUUUAAUUAGGCAAUCCAAGGUCCGGCAAGAAGGACCAAAAAGUGGAGAUGAUUGGUAAAAAUAAUAAUUUGUUAACCCAACUUUUUCAUUAGUGUUUGACUGUUAUUGUAAAUCACGGCAAAUUUGUACGUUUUAGAACUAUUGAUCGUUGAUUUGGAGAUUCUAAAGGAUUCUACGUUAAUUUAAGACUAAAAAGGUGUGUAAUAAAAAUAUAUUAAUAUGAAAUUAUUCUUAAUAAACACUAAAUAUUCGGAAAUAAUACACACGCUUAGACUAAUAAUCUCACUAGUAAAACGUUGUCACAAAACACUUUUAUAACAUUUAUUGUGUUUGCCAAUCGUCCACCAUUUAAAGUGAUUUGGAUUGCCCAAUUUAAGUCGGAAGUCUGCACUGACAUAUGUCACUGCACGUUCUGAUGUAUGUAUUUAGGAAGCCUCAGGAUUCCAAGAAUUAUUAUUAUUUAAAGAUAGAGUAAACGUGUAUUAUAUUUUUUAUGUAUAGAAUUUUAUAUUAUACAACAUAUUUUGUAAAUCAAUAUGGAUCAUUUCACUAAUGAAAUAUGGAUAUUGUUGAAAACAUUUUAUUGUAAAACGCUGUAAAAAUUUCAAGUAAAAUUUAAUUUGAAAAUUUUAA